AUGCUGAAGCCCGGCGAUCCCGGCGGCUCCGCGUUCCUGAAGGUGGAUCCCGCCUAUCUGCAGCACUGGCAGCAGCUCUUCCCGCAGAGCGGCCAGCUCAAGAGCAGCGGGGCCCUCGCCCAGCUCCAGCCGCCCGAGCGAGCCGAGCCGCCGGCUGACAGCCUCCGCCAGCGCCCGGCCUCCCUCUCCUCCGCCUCCUCCUCCUCCUCCUCGUCCACCCCGUCUUCCUCCUCCACCUCCUCCUGCGCCGCCGUCGCCGCUUCCCUGGCCGGGCUGGCCUCGCUGCCGCUGCCGCACGUCGCCGUCUUCGGGCCGCUGCCGAGCUCGGAGCCGGCGGGCGGCGGGGCGCCCGCGCCGCUGCCGGGCCAGGACCCGGGCGCGGCGGGCGGCGGCAGCAAGUGCGGCGAGCGCGCCGCCGCCCGCCCGCGCUGCACGGCCGAGGAGCUGGACUACUACCUGUACGGGCAGCAGCGCAUGGAGAUCAUCCCCCUCAACCAGCACACCAGCGACCCCAACAACCGAUGUGACAUGUGUGCCGACAACCGCAACGGCGAGUGCCCCAUGCACGGGCCCCUCCACUCCCUGCGCCGUCUCGUGGGCACCAGCAGUGCUGCUGCAGCAGGCCCUCCGCCUGAGAUCCCCGAGUGGCUCCGUGACCUGCCCCGUGAAGUGUGCCUGUGCACUAGCACGGUGCCUGGCCUGGCCUAUGGCAUUUGUGCGGCACAGAGGAUCCAGCAGGGCACCUGGAUAGGGCCUUUCCAGGGAGUCCUCCUCUUGCCGGAGAAGGUUCAAGCAGGAGCCAUCAGGAACACUCAGCAUCUCUGGGAAAUAUAUGACCAGGAUGGGACACUGCAGCACUUUAUCGACGGUGGAGAGCCCAGCAAGUCAAGCUGGAUGAGGUACAUCCGAUGUGCACGGCACUGCGGGGAGCAGAACUUAACGGUGGUUCAGUACAGGUCAAACAUAUUUUAUCGGGCUUGUAUAGACAUUCCCAGGGGCACGGAGCUGCUGGUGUGGUACAAUGACAGCUACACAUCUUUCUUUGGAAUCCCUCUGCAGUGCAUUGCGCAGGACGAAAAUUUGAAUGUCCCUUCGACUGUAAUGGAGGCCAUGUCCAGACAAGACACCCUACAGCCAUUUAAUAAAAGUAGCAAACUGUCCCCUGCCACUCCACAGCGAUCCGUAGUAUUUCCACAGACUCCGUGUAGCAGAAAUUUUUCUCUCCUGGAUAAGUCUGGGUCCAUCGAGUCAGGAUUUAACCAGAUCAGUGUCAAAAACCAACGAGUUCUUGCAAGCCCAACUUCAACAAGCCAACUAAAUUCUGAGUUCAGUGACUGGCAUCUUUGGAAAUGUGGGCAAUGCUUUAAGACUUUCACCCAGCGGAUCCUCUUACAGAUGCAUGUGUGUACGCAGAACCCUGACAGGCCCUAUCAGUGCGGCCACUGCUCGCAGUCCUUCUCGCAGCCGUCGGAGCUGAGGAACCACGUGGUCACGCACUCCAGCGACAGGCCCUUCAAGUGCGGCUACUGCGGUCGUGCCUUUGCCGGUGCUACGACGCUCAACAAUCACAUCCGGACGCACACCGGGGAAAAACCCUUCAAGUGCGAGAGAUGUGAGAGGAGCUUCACACAAGCCACCCAGCUGAGUCGACACCAGAGGAUGCCCAAUGAGUGCAAGCCAAUAACAGAGAGCACAGAAUCAAUUGAAGUGGAUUAACUGAUUGACUGGUUGGAAUUAAACUGCAAGGAAAGUCAUGAUUAAAUGUCAUGGACACUUAAGCAAAACCAAAGAUUUCCUCUGAGCAACUUUCAAUCAGUCCCAGAAAACCAAAAGCAGUAAUAAAAUAAGUAAGAUGUUAAGAGAUAUUGAUCCUGGCGUGAAAGUGAGACCAGGAAAGAGAUUAUUUAUUUAUGACUAGGGAUGAGUCUUAUUUCAAUGGACAAGUUACUUGGGACUGUUAACAUUUCAAGUCCUGCCAUGUAUUGCUUUAUUUCUAAAGGCCUUUAUAAUUGUUAUUUAAUACCAAAGUGAAGAAUCUCAAGGGUUCUUCUGCCCAUAGUUACGACUGAGAAUGCACAUGGACUUGUUUAUUGUUGCACCUUUUUUUGUAGCAUGACUCAAAGGACCCAGAGGUAAUCCUUAGAUUUGGCUGGGCUGGGCUAAGUUGGUCUUGACAUGGCUGUAAUAGAAAUUCUGUGGGAUGAGAAGUAAUCAAGAACUGUAUUUGGGUCAGUGUCAGCCUCCUCAGACCAAAGGGCAUUUCAUUUCCAUAGUCUCAUGCCUCACACUGUGUGCACUUUUUCAUGCAAGUAGUUUCA